CUCGGCUGCGUGUCGAGCCGGCCCCGCGGCCGCUCAUGGGCAGCCAGGGCCGCUCGGGUGCCCCCGGGAACCGCGGGCCCAGGGAAGGCGAGGGCGGGGAGGCGAGGGAACUGCAGGAGGCGAGGGUCGCGCGGGGAAGGCGAGGGAAGGGGAAGGGGAAAGCGGGCACCGGGCACGGCGGAAGAGGAAGCGGGGCGGAAGGGAAGCCGGGCCUGCAGCGGGCGAGGACGGCGGCGGGGCCGGGGGCUGCGGCGGGGCCGGGGCAGGAAGCCGAGGAAGGCGGAGGCGUGGAGGAAGGGCCGGGAAGCUCCGGGAAGCGGGAUGAGGGGAGCGCAGGGCCCGGGAAGGAGGAAGAACGGAGGGUCGGGCCCGGGCGGCGGGAGGACGGCAGCCUGGAGAGAGCACGGGAGCGUGGGUGUCGGGCGUGGGGCGGCAUCCCGGGGCCCCGGACGGCCAUGGCGGCGGCGGCCGCCGAGGAGGAGGAGGCGGCGGCGGCGGCUGCGGAGCCGGCCGCACGUCCGGCCGCGGGGCCCGCGCUCUGGCGCCUGCCGGAGGAGCUGCUGCUGCUCAUCUGCUCCUACCUCGACAUGGCGGCCCUGGGGCGCCUGGCCCAGGUGUGCCGCUGGCUGCGGCGCUUCACCAGCUGCGACCUGCUCUGGCGCCGGAUAGCCCGGGCCUCGCUCAACUCCGGCUUCACGCGGCUCGGCACCGACCUGAUGACCAGCAUUCCAGUAAAGGACCGAGUGAAGGUGUCUCAGAACUGGAGACUGGGGCGCUGCCGAGAGGGCAUUCUGCUGAAGUGGAGAUGUAGUCAGAUGCCUUGGAUGCAGCUGGAGGAUGCUUCUCUGUACAUAUCUCAGGCUAAUUUCAUCCUGGCCUACCAGUUCCGCCCAGACGGUGCCAGCUUGCACCGUCGACCCUUCAGAGUCUUCGCUGGGCACGAUGAAGACGUUUGUCACUUUGUGCUGGCCAACUCCCACGUCAUCAGUGCGGGAGGAGAUGGGAAGAUUGGUGUUCAUAAGCUCCAUAGCACCUUCACUGUCAAAUACUCAGCUCAUGAGCAGGAGGUGAACUGUGUGGACUGCAAAGGGGGCAUCAUUGUGAGUGGCUCCAGAGACAGGACAGCCAAGGUAUGGCCUUUGGCCUCGGGCCGCCUGGGGCAGUGCUCACACACCAUCCAGACUGAAGACCGAGUCUGGUCCAUUGCUAUCAGCCCAAUACUCAGCUCUUUUGUGACAGGAACAGCUUGUUGUGGGCACUUCUCACCUCUGAGAAUCUGGGACCUCAACAGUGGGCAGCUGAUCACACAUCUGGGCAGUGAUUUUCCCCCAGGGGCUGGGGUGCUGGAUGUCAUGUAUGAGUCCCCCUCUACACUGCUGUCCUGUGGCUACGACACCUAUGUUCGCUACUGGGACCUCCGCACAAGUGCCCGGAAAUGUGUCAUGGAGUGGGAGGAGCCCCACGACAGUACCUUAUACUGCCUGCAGACAGAUGGCAACCACCUGCUGGCCACAGGCUCCUCCUACUACGGUGUUGUGCGGCUGUGGGACCGGCGCCAGAGGGCUUGCCUGCAUGCCUUCCCGCUGACGUCCACUCCACUCAGCAGUCCCGUGUACUGCCUGCGAUUCACCACCAGGCAUCUGUAUGCUGCCCUGUCUUACAAUCUCCACAUCCUAGACUUUCAGAACCCAUGACAAACCACCCCUGCCUCUGGGCUGGGCAAGUAAGCUACUCAGGGACCUCUCUUGUCUGGCGUGUGAAGUGACUGAUACCUCACUCCUAUCCACAGCCCUGCUGUGCUGCUAGACCGG